AACAAUUGCAAUCGCGCGCCCACGACCGGUCGCUCGCGGUAGGCAUCAUGCGCGCGCGCGAAUCCGCGUUUCCUAGGAAACGCGAGGUCGCGACCACGUUCCCAUGGUAACGCGGGCCCGCGAGCGCGUUUCGCGGCUUGCGGCUUAUCCCCACCUAUUUUGAGCGCGACAGUGACGACCUAGCGUGGUGCGGGCGUGGUGUGAUUGGAAAAGUUUCAAAAGUUUCGUCGCGAUGGAGUUUAAUUUAAAAACGCUUACAGAAUCGUGUGAAAAGUACAAACGAUUGCGAUUUCCGCUGAAAAUAUGGAUCCUGGUUAACGCCACCGGCAAUCGGUUCCUCUACUGGGACCCGACGGAGUCAUUCAUCCUGGUGGAUCCGGUUGCCAUGGAACCCUAUCUGAGCUCGGACGAAUCGAUUUUCCCUUUCACCAAGCUGUCGACCUUCUUCUGGCUGAUGGAUUGCAACGGGUUCGAACUGAGCGGCGACAUCGGCACCGGUAAGGUCAUCCUGCAGUACCGGCAUUCGUCGUUCACGCGGGACAACCGAACCUACUUCGAGCAGCUGAUGCGCCGCCAAGGGGAACGGGAGGUGAUGGGGCUCCAGCGGGGCAACUGCGCCGUCCAUCGCACGCAAAUUUCCCACAGCUUGGGCUCGUGCGGAACCAACCUGAGCGAUAAGCCGCAGUAUCGGCUGGCGUACAAUGCCCUCGCCCAGGAGAAGUACGAUCUGUACAUGGAGAUCAAAACGCUGAAUUCGUCGGUGCGGGAGGCCUACGGAAAUCUGAUGCAGUCGGACGAUGGGCUGCUGCCGAUUAUCGAGGUACCGGAGAAGUACGGUGACGAACCGGUGGCCGAUCCCCCGGUGUACAUGCGGAAGCGCAAAAUCGCGGGGAACUAUGGACAGCGCGCCACCGUGGAACACUUGAAGCGCUUUUUCGCCAACUACAUUCCGGUUUAUGAGGACACUGUGGAUACGAUGGAGACAGAAACCGCUGAAGAACAACCGGAGGAAAAAUCGUCUGAUAUCGCCUCCGAGAAGGAAGUGACAAAUGAGCCCACAAUCGAGAUGGAAAUACACGCCACCUUGGAAGAGCAACCUUCAGAGGUUCCUACAGUGGCGGACCAGCUCCCGGAGCCGAUCAAUACCCUGGAGACUUUCGACUACCCCAAGGAAGAUCCGGAUACCAUCAAGAGCAGUGACCAGGAGAAUUUUCCACCGGUCAUGUUUGAUGGAAUGGAUUUACUUGACCCAACAUACGACUGUGGUGGCAUUGACAAGUCGAAAGAUAUCGCACAGGCUAGCGACAUCGGCACUAACAGCAUGGAAGUCGAAACAACCUACGGCCAGGAUGAGGAGCAGUUCCAACUUUAUACGGACAUUCGCGAGACUUUUGAGCUGUUGAAUCAGAUUUAAAGUUGUUGAAUAUUGAGUUGCAUUUUUUGUCAUUAAGCAUGAAAUAUAUUUAAUCAAGAACUACUAUUAAAGAUCU